ACUCCGUUGCAGUCUGUGUGGCUACACGGCACCAAGCGAUAGUGCACGUUAGGCUGCUCAUAGGCUACUGUAUCGCAACCCUAUAAACAAUCUUUUUAUGCAUGCAUUGCCAUUUAUUCUCGGCAUUGGCUAUCUUGCGAUAAGUCUGUAUUUUACAUGAUCUGUUUUCAUCCGUAGCCGAGUGUAAAUUAAGAUUUUGAUCUUUUAUUACUGAACGUUAGGAGCUAUCGAAGGCAGCUCAGAUUUAACAAUGGCGACAGCUGCGGUAUCUGGCCCUGCAGGCAGCGGCCUCAACCCCGGAUCCGGGGCAGAGUUGGUCCGUGGGCAGGCCUUCGAUGUCGGGCCCCGCUACAGUAAUUUGUCUUACAUUGGAGAGGGGGCCUACGGUAUGGUUUGCUCUGCGUUCGACCGGGACGGCAAGGUACGCGUGGCCAUCAAGAAGAUCAGCCCCUUUGAGCACCAGACCUACUGCCAGCGCACACUCCGCGAGAUCAAGAUCCUGCUGCGCUUCAAACACGAGAACAUCAUUGGCAUCAACGACAUCAUCCGGGCGCCCAGCAUCGACCACAUGAAAGAUGUCUACAUAGUCCAGGACCUGAUGGAGACGGACCUGUACAAGCUGCUGAAGACGCAGCACCUGAGCAACGACCACAUCUGCUACUUCCUCUACCAGAUCCUGCGCGGGCUCAAGUACAUCCACUCGGCCAACGUGCUGCACCGCGACCUCAAGCCCUCCAACCUGCUCCUCAACACUACCUGCGAUCUGAAGAUCUGUGACUUUGGAUUGGCCCGCGUGGCGGACCCCGACCACGACCACACCGGCUUCCUGACGGAGUACGUGGCCACACGCUGGUACCGAGCGCCCGAGAUCAUGCUCAACUCAAAGGGCUACACUAAAUCCAUUGACAUCUGGUCCGUGGGUUGCAUCCUGGCGGAGAUGUUGUCCAACAGGCCUAUCUUCCCCGGGAGGCACUACCUGGAUCAGCUCAACCACAUCCUAGGAAUCUUGGGCUCUCCGACUCAGGAGGACCUCAACUGUAUCAUCAACAUCAAGGCCAGGAACUACCUGCUGUCCCUCCCCCUGCGCUGCAAGGUGCCCUGGAACCGCCUCUUCCCCAACGCUGAUCCCAAAGCCUUGGACCUGUUGGACAAGAUGCUGACGUUCAACCCUCACAAGCGCAUCGAGGUGGAGGAGGCUCUGGCUCACCCUUACCUGGAGCAGUAUUACGACCCCACCGAUGAGCCUGUCGCUGAAGCCCCUUUUAAGUUCGAGAUGGAACUGGACGACUUGCCCAAAGAGACACUGAAGGACCUGAUCUUCAAGGAGACGGCUCGGUUCCAGCCCGGCUUCAGGCCCUAAAGUCACCUGUAGGUGUGGUGAGCCUGACUCCGGCUGUGGCUGCUCUUUGCCAGCAACUUCUCCACUGUGUGCCGUUUAUCAUUUUUGUUUAUUUUAUUUUAUUUCCUUUUUGCUCUAGACGUCUAUGGCAAAGCCUGUCCUCAAACCUCCUGUCUGUCCAUGUCUCAGGAACAGCGUCGGAAAGAUCCCAUUACCCUCCUUCUCCUCCUUCUCCUCCUCCUCCUCCUCCUCCUCACUCUUGCGUCUUGUCCCCCCGUUCUCGCUUCUCCUUGACCCUCUCUGCUUUCUUUCUAGUCUGGUGUUUUUCUCCUCCCUGCUCCUUUCUUUCCGUCUGUCGCAUGCUUUCCACUCAUGUCGGGAGAUGAGUGCCCUGGUGGUGGUGGACUGGAAGUGUAGGGACACGACGUGUGACUGAAGCCGAGCUCGCAAGUCUUUCAUAUCAGUGGGAAUUUGGACUAUAAUACAAAACCUGUAGAGUCAGGCUCUUCUGUCCUGCAUUUCAGUUUGAAAAAAAAGGUACUGUAUUGUGAUUGUGCAACGGUUUUGCUCUUGUUAUUAUGAUUAUUAUUAUUAUUAAUUCUUGAUAGAGCUACUGUUCUGAUAAUGUGUCAUUUUACAAAAAGUCUCCUAAAGCGUUCCCCCCCCCCCCCCCCCCCUUUUCUCUGUCUCUCCCUCUCGACGGAGGCCAGACUUCUGAUCAGGGAGAGGUUAGAGCUCAGAGAUCUUAUCACGUGUGACGUAUGCAGUGGUCUGAUGCUCAGUUACAGGGUGCAUGUAACAUGCCCUCUAUGCACUUUUUUGGAAAAAAAAAAAAACUAAAAAAAAAUUCAGGUUUUUUUUUUUAUUUUUUUUGUCAAGGCUCCAUUCCUGGGCUGGUUUAGUACCUCAGCCCAAAACCACCCCCCUGACCCCACCCCACCCCACCCUGCAUAUACCCUUUUGAAGCUUUUUUUGGUACUGACGAGUAAAAUGCGAUCACAGGAAGUGUCGUGCCAUACAUAGUGCUGGGACUAUACGAGGUGGCACUGCCAUAUUUUUUGGGGAACCACAUGAGCCUGGCCGGAGGCCGUGUGUGAAGCGGCGCGGGCCACAGCUCAGGCAGGGCGGCAUCACGCUGGGUCAACCUCAGGCACAGGUCCUCGCCAUCUCAACACGGGCACACCGGGCCUCCUCAGAGGUACACAACAACACAGGGCUACAGCCAACGGCUUUUAGCGUUGAAGCUUCGGGUUUUGCGUAGUCACAAAAAGCAAAUCCACAGUCGAAAUAGCUUUGGGGAAUAGCUGUAGUUGUGCUACAAUCAACGUGAUGAGGAAAUGCUUUUGUACUUAGUACAGUGCCUCCUCUUCUACCUUGCCUGGUGUCUCUCUCUCUCUCUCUCUUUUUCCCUCUCGCUAUCUCUCUGUCUAUCUUUCUGCUCUCUCAAGCUCAUUCCCUUCGCCUUGUAACAAACGAGACUGUGCCCUUGCAUGACUGUUAAAAAGCUUUCUAUACAAAGACGAUGUAAGUGCCACAUAACUGGGAGUUCCACCUGGGAACCUCCGGACUUUUGUUAUACUAUCUUUCGUGGUCUCACAAGUCCCAUUUAGAAAAGUGUAGAAAAGGGUUCCUUUUUUUUGGUUUUGUGCUUUUUAAAAAGAAAUACUUAAUUUGUAGUUAUUAUUGUUUUAUUUUAUUUUUUUCCUUUUCCUCAAAUUUGGUUUUGCAUAAUUUAAAAUUUAAUAGAGCCUGUUCAACACAAAAUGAACAAAGACAGUUUGCGGAGAGAGGAAGUAAAAGUCCUGUGCAAGUGCCCAAGGAGGAUGGGCUGGCAAUUUUUUCACAGGGAAGGAAAAAGUCCACGAUGGCCCUAUUUGAAUCAGCAGAAAUGAAGCAUGGGAUGACACAGGUGGAUUUAUGUAUAUAUCAUGUAAUAAGGCUCUGAAGUCGGGGACAAAAUAAAGAAACAAACACACACAAAAAAAACCAAACACGCACACAAAAAAAAACUUGACCUAAAAGCUGACGCAUCUACAAGUGGUCGGAAAAACAUUUCAGCCAAGUCCUGCCCAGCCUCACAGGCAUGGGUGGUGAGUACUGGACUCUCCCGUAGUUGCGAUCGGCUGCGUUUUACAUUACGGCUCCUCGUGCGGCACUCACUCCUGAUGUGUCACUGGUGUGAACCUAGCAGUAAUCAUGUGUUCAGUGGGACGUCCUCACCCGCGUUAAUAUCUAGUCUCAUGUUCCUCAGUUGUGCCCCGUUAUGGCCCGGGGGUGGGCGGCUGCGGACGUGCCAUGCCGUGCCAUGCCGUGCCGUAUUGGUCCCCCCGGUCAUGGGCACAGUUUAUUUCUGAAACACUGCAAAACCCUGUAAGAUAGCUUCUGCUGACAUCUGUGUGCAACUCUUGUCUCUUUGGUGUGCCUUUUAUUCGUCAUGAAUAACAAGAUUUAUUGUGCAGCUUUUUUUUGUUUGUUUUGUAUGUUUUUUUUUUGGUUUUGUUUGUUUGUUUUGAGGAUUAGUUGUGAUUUUUUUUCAAGUAUAUUCUUUAAAGGUAUAUAUUUAAAGUAAAAAAAACAACAAACAAAAAUAAUGACACUUAAUCCUCAUCAAUAUUUUCAUUUUAAAUCCUAUUGCCAGCGAAUUGUGAUUGUGAUUCUGUUUAAAAAGUGAAGAUUUUUACUUCUGCUUCCCCCUCCCCCUCUCUAGACCUGCUUUCUUGGUUUGGAUGUUUUGUGCACACUUUUUUUACUGUAAAAUGAAUGUCAUGUUUCUAUUGAAUAUUAAUCUUGUUCAAAAGUUGUUUCCGUAUAUUAAAUUACUCUUCUGUAA